AUGGCGUGGGGCGCCCCGAAAAUAGACAUCCAGAACCACUUGCUAUUCGAGGUGGCCACGGAGGUCGCCCACAAGGUGGGAGGAAUCUAUUCGGUGUUAAAAUCCAAAGCUCCCAUCACCGUUGCUGAGUACAGAGAGAGAUACACCCUUAUAGGUCCUUUAAACCAUGACUCGGCCCAGGUCGAAGUUGAAGAAUUGCCAGUCAAGGACCCCCACGUUUUGAAGACCUUGAACUCCAUGAGUGAUCGUGGGGUUCGCUGGCUCUAUGGGAGAUGGUUGAUUGAAGGGGCUCCUAGGGUGUUACUUUUUGACAUCCAGUCAGCUCUGCAACACUUGAACGAGUGGAAGUCGGACUUGUGGAACAACGCCGGCAUCCCCACGCCCGACCAUGACCAGGAGACCAACGAAGCCAUUUUGUUGGGGUACCUCGUGGCGUGGUUUUUGGGAGAGUUGGUAUUCCAUGACCGGGAAAGGGCUGUUAUCUGUCACUGUCAUGAAUGGUUGGCCGGGGUGGCGUUGCCGUUGUGUCGUAACCGUCGCCUUGAUGUCACCACCAUUUUCACUACCCAUGCAACCUUGUUGGGUCGGUACUUGUGUGCUGGGUCGAUUGACUUUUACAACAAUUUGGCCAACUUUGACGUGGAUGCUGAAGCCGGGAAAAGAGGUAUCUACCACCGGUAUUGUAUCGAACGACUGGCAGCCCACACUGCCGAUGUGUUCACCACCGUGUCUCACAUCACUGCAUUUGAAUCCGAGCACUUGUUGAAGAGAAAACCCGAUGGGGUGUUGCCCAAUGGGUUGAACGUGGUGAAAUUCCAGGCAGUUCAUGAGUUCCAGAACUUGCAUGCCAUGAAGAAGGCCAAGAUCAACGAGUUUGUCAAGGGCCAUUUUUACGGCAACUACGACUUUGACUUAGACAACACUCUCUAUUUCUUCAUUGCCGGUCGGUACGAGUUUAGAAACAAAGGAUGUGAUUUUUUCAUCGAGAGUUUGGCUCGGUUGAAUCACCGUUUGAAGGAGAUUGGCUCAAAGAUCACGGUGGUGGCCUUCAUCAUUAUGCCAGGGAGAACCCAGUCUUAUACGGUUGAAACCUUGAAGGGACAGGCCGUCAUCAAGCAGUUGGAAAGCACCAUUGAAGAAGUGCAAAAGAAGGUGGGUGAACGACUCUUUGAACACUGUGCCCGGUUUCCCAACAAGCUCAAUGGAUCCAAUACGGCUGGAAAUGAGGUUCCAUCUAUUGAUGAGUUGAUUAAGCCGGCUGAUAGAGUGUUGUUGAAGAGAAGAAUCUUUGCUUUGAAAAGAGAGGGAUUGCCACCGAUUGUCACUCACAACAUGGCCGAUGAUGCCACCGACCCAGUGUUGAACCAAAUUAGAAGGGUACAAUUGUUUAAUAAACCCGAAGAUAGAGUCAAGAUUAUUUUCCAUCCCGAGUUCUUGAACGCUAAUAACCCGAUUUUAUCAUUGGAUUAUGAUGAAUUCGUUAGAGGUUGUCAUUUGGGUGUAUUCCCCUCCUACUACGAGCCUUGGGGUUAUACCCCGGCUGAGUGCACGGUCAUGGGGGUGCCUUCCAUCACCACCAACUUGUCAGGGUUUGGGUGUUACAUGGAGGAUUUGAUUGAAAACACAAGUGAUUAUGGAAUUUAUAUUGUCGACAGAAGAAUGAAGUCUGUUGAUGAGUCCAUUAACCAGUUGACUGAUCAGAUGUUCGACUUUACUCAAAAAACCAGAAGACAGAGAAUCAACCAAAGAAACAGAACCGAGAGAUUGAGUGAUUUAUUGGACUGGAAGAGAAUGGGUCUCGAGUAUAUCAAGGCCAGGCAAUUAUCAUUGAAGAGGGCUUAUCCUGAUAAGUUCAAGAACGGUGCCAAUCCUUUCCAGCAAAAUAACUCUAACUUGAAAUUGACUAGACCUUUAUCGGUUCCGGGAUCUCCAAGAGGAAAGUUGGGUAUCAUGACUCCAGGAGAUUUGGGUUCCUUGCAAGAAGCUCAACAAGGAUUAUUAGGUGAAAAUGAUGAUACUGAAGGAGAUGCCGAAUCUGGUUAUCAUUUGACCUUAAGAGGAACUUCUGCUCCUCCUCCAGAUGAGGAUGAGCAAUAGAAAAAAUAGUGGACAAAUCAGUUUAAACAGGACUCGUAAUAAGAUCCUGCUUGUGUUAGUUGUGUUGCAAUCAUGUGCAUUGUUAAAGUUAUUUCAUUCCAUUUCCAUCCGUUUGUUAUUAGUUAUAUAUAAAUAUGACAUUUAAAGUGUAAGUUUGUUCGCUUUCCCCAAGUU